AUGCAUAUCGUCUUAUACGCAAUCAAAUACUGUAUUUCUCAAGUCCAAGUAUCAGAAAAGACUGAAAACAGUGGCUCUGUGCAGGGGCGGAUCCAGGAUUUGAGAGAGGUAUCUCAUAGUUGGAAAGAAACAAUUGAACACCUUGAGCAAUACUAUCAGUUAUGGCGACAUUUAUGUUUACGCGACAUUCACAGAGCCUCUUUGAUAGACAUCAUAGGCUUCAACCCUUUGUCGGAUGAUUAUCAGCAGAAGGAUUCUGUUGAUGGUGACGCAGAGUUCGAAGAUUUGUGGAAGAACGUCUACAGGACCUGGAGGACAAGCCAAGUCUUGAGUCCUUACAAACGAAUAUCCUACCAGCUUACUGACGUUAAUAUACAUAAUCCCGGGCUUGAUCCAUCAAGCGAUCUUGUACAAAUCGGAACGUAUGUGUAUAUUCUAAAGCAUAUUUGUGGACGUGGGGCUAAGUUAUUUGUAUGGAAUAUUGAUACCGGUCACCGAGUCGUACAUUCCCAAACACUAAAAGGCAUAUUAUUUCCCAAUAGAUCAACGUCAAUAGUUCCAUACUUGCAGAAUCCACUCUGCAAGUUUUCAAAGCAUCAAAAUUUGACACAGCAUUCCCUCAUAAUAUCGCGUACUGAUAAUUCUCUCGAGUGGUGGGUAUUUUCUGAUGGGGAGUUUCGUUUGGUAAAGACAUUAUAUGUGAGAUAUAAGCAUGUUUUGAGAAUCUGGCACAACAAGUUAGUAAUCGCAAGUGAAGAUUGUAUAAAAGUUUAUAAUCUUGAAAUCAAGGAGAACGAAUACAACUUUCAUUUAUGUAAAAUGUCCGAAGAAUUACAAAAGAGAUUGCUUUUGACGUCAAUCAAUGUUUGGGACAACAAAUGUUUGUUUAGACAGCUAACAUAUCGGUAUGUAGGGCGGUUAUCAAUUGUGAUUUAUGAUUUGGAUGACCUUCAACCUCAAGUGUUUCAAGUGUCAUAUGCACCAAGAAGUUAUCCGGGAACUAAUAGGUUUAUGAAUGGCGAUAUGUUAGAUUUGCGGAUAUUUGGUGAUUGCGUUGUAUUCACAGUUUGCAAAGAAUUAUAUGUAUUCAACACCAAAACUGGGGAGCAGGUAAUGCUGGAGAUAGACGGAGCUCAGGUAGAAAGAAAUUUUUCGUGAAAGAAAGAACAUUGAUUUUCAAGAUUUACCAGAAAUUGUAGAAAAUAUCAUUUGGCACCUCGAUGGUAGAAGUGUUUUGAGAGCAAAACAGGUAUCUCAUAGUUGGAAUGAAAUAAUUGAACAC